AUGACUUCUCGAUUUCCUUUGACUGAACGUUCGAUACGUUCUCAAAGGAGUUCAAGAAGUCGUAGCUCCUUGUCAGUUGUUGAAGCGGAUCCCUUUGUUACAUCUUUAACUUUACCUUCAUCAUCUUCCUCUAAUUCGUUCCGAACUUCUCUUAACAUAAUUUCUCCUGCGAUUAGUAACUCGCAAAUUUCCAUACAACCGGAAUUGUCCGACAAUGAACUGAUGCCACCUCCUGUUUCUAUUCCCGUUCGACAAUCAUCUCAGCAAAGACAAAGACGUCGCAGACAUGCUGUUGUACCGUUACGAAUGACUCAUCGUAUUGCAAUGACUCAAACAAAGCAACAAUUGGAGCAACUCGGUGAGAAUCCAUUUCAUAUAGGUCCGCUAAAUGAAAUUUGUCCUCACUGUGAUGCUCUAUUUUUUGUUGGUGAGAAGAAAAAUCGCCAAAACGUCCGUUUGAGCUGUUGUAAGGACGGGGCCUACACUCUGCCGAAUUUGAGUCAAUGGCCAAGGGCAAUAAAAAAUUUGUACUCAACUUCGGCAGAGUUUAGACAAGAGAUUCGUUCGAUCAACAAUUUGUUUGCGAUGGCUUCUUUUAAAACCAGUCAGCCUAGUGUUGAUUUUCGAGGGGAACAAGGAUAUUGGUGCUUUAGUAUUUGCGGACAAAUUUAUCAUAUACUCGGUGGGAUACCGAAAUCUCAAGAUCUUAGAAAUCCCACUUUGAAUCACUACUAUUUUCUCGAUAGCGAAGAGGCGCUCGAACAUCGUAACGAAUUUUUACAAUCUAGAGUGUCUCCGGCUACCUUGAGAAUAGUAGAAGAAUCAUUACGGGCAUGUAAUAGAUAUAUGCAAGCUUAUAAAACCGUCGGAGAAAUGGUGCGCGAAGAACGUCGGCGACGACAAUUGGAUGAAGACGGUGAUUCCGAACGUAGAUUAAUCGUGGGUAUCGUUGCUAAAGGAAACAUCAAUAAUCAACGUCGAAAUUAUAAUUUGCCCGAAAGUCGCAGUGAAAUAGCUGCAGUCUUUCAAGGGGACGAGCCUCCCUUCCAUGUGGAUCUAAUUUUGUAUCCACAUAACCCUUCUGCGUCUCAGCCUCAUAUGAGGCAUCACGAAUUAAAAAAUCUCUCUCCAUUGGCAGAUCCGAUGGUUUACCCACUGUUAUUUCCGAAAGGAGAUAACGGCUAUUCUCAAGAUUUAGUCUAUUCUGACAGAAGACUAAAUCGAAAUAACAGAACCAAAAGCAUUACAUUCGGCGAAUUUUACAGGUACCGUACACAAAUUCGUGAAGGUUUUCCUACCUUGCAAUGCGGAGGAAAAUUGUAUCAACAAUAUAUUGUUGAUGCAUGGUGUAAGAUAGAAUCUAGUAGAUUAUGGUAUUUGCGACAAAACCAAGAAAAAUUCCGAGUCGCUCAAGAAACAGUUUUGCGUCGUGUAAAUAUCAAUCGCCAAGAACGCAAUUUAGCGCAAAUCGGCAAAUCGAUAGUUAUAUUACCAUCAAUAUUUUAG